AUUAUUUGGUGCAAUCUGAUCCGUAAACGAAUUACUGUUUAUUCCAAUAAUACAUAUAAGGAAGUUUAUAUGCUUGAGUAUGGAAAGCCGCAAAAAUCAAAGAGAAAACAAAAACCUAAUGGAAUUAUUGAAACAGAGACAUCCGAUGAAGAACAAAAAGGGCAGAACUCAAAUGAUGAUGAUCAAGACAUCGAUGCUUUGGAAAUUGAACGAGUGGAACCGAGAGAAUUAAGUUCUCGAAAUCUAAAAAUUAACAGUGUAAAGAAUCUGGCCGAAAUAAUGCGAGAAGAAGAACAUGAAUGCAUGAAACAGAUAUUUCUGUGUGAAGCGACAGCAUCAUCUGCCAACAUGUUGAGACAGUGUGAUUAUAAUGAAGCACCCGUACCACCGCCCCGUCCUAAAAAGAAGGCAGCAAAAUCACGAAACGGACAAAAUCGGGAAGCAGAUUCGCAUAUAUGCAUAUGUGGACGCUGGAAUCGAUUUUGUAUUUUUGAUACGAUCUUAAAACCUUUGAAAAAUUUCAAACAGUGCAGAUAUUGUGCUCCCUGUAGAACAGAACGACGUUCCUUAGGUGAUGCCAUGGAAAUGGAAAGUGAUGGGGCAGGUAAAGGGUCCGGCUCAGGAAGUCAGGUAGGAUUGACUGGUCGAAUACGUCGAUAUCUGCCACUUUUUCAUGGCGAGUGCGACUCAUCAAUUGUAGAAGAUGGAAUAGAUGUCCUCACUCCCGAUUUCACAAAUAAAAGAGAUCUUACUGGUGCGAAAGAAAUUCUCUUGCGUCAGAAACGUGAUCGGAGAGUGCUGAAGAAACGACUACAAGCUCGAAAACGAGCUGAGUUAGCUAUCAUUGCAAAAUACGAAGCGAGGCAAAAAACGAUUUCCAGUGCAGUUGAACUUCUGUUGCAAAUCUUACAAAUGAUGACUUCGUUUGCGAUUCUUGUUGGUAACAUUCGUAAAACAUUUAUUCCUGCGCAUUUCAAUUGGCUUAAAUAUGGUCGUAAUGAUAGUGUGGAGCUAAUGAUGUUGUGGAGAUGUACAGUAUUUCUUGAUGUGCUUCUGUUUUGGACUAGUGUUAUUUGGGCUUAUUGUUUGCAAUGGCAUUUAUGUUGUCGACUUGGUUUGUUGAAAUUUUGGAUAUGGCUGUUGAUUUUGGGGCUAAUUGGAGGUCUGUUUGUAUUGUAUCCGAUGUUCUACGUUCAAGAUAAUCUGGAUAUAAGCUGGUGUCAGUUUAAACCGAAUAGUACACUUGCGCAGUAUCAACCAAAUUGAAUAAAACCUCCUCCUAAAUUAUUUAUGUGAAAUACU